AUGAAAGCUGAUAGCUUUCACUCAGUGCUUUCCGAUAAGCAUUCUAAAUACAACUAAUUCAUAAAUUCCUAGCUUUUCGUUGGGUAUAAAGUUCGAGGCAAAGACCAAUAAAAAAAGCAAUAUAUCGUUUCCAGCCCAUCAGAUGAAUAAAAAAUGAGUAACAACCUUACAGUUUCUCAAAGUUAUGUGAAUGCAAUGAAGGCUUUGUAAGAGAAGAUCAAAUAGCUUGAGUUUGAGAAUUAAAGUUUACAGAGUCUAGUAACAUCUAAUGAUAGUAAGAGUAAUCUAAAGUCUAAUGAGAGAAAACUAAAGGAAUCCAGUGUUCAUCUAAAAACUAGUGAAAGCUUAUAAACGAAAGAACUUGAGUAGAAACUGAUGCAAUAAGAAUUUACAGCUAAAAUGAGGAUAGAGGAUUAUGAAUGCAAAAUUACACAAUUAUAAUAGAAUUUAUUGAACAUUACAUAAUAGGCUGAUCAAAAAUACAGAGAAUAUAUAGAGGAAAAGCAAAAUUUAAUUGAGUAGUUGAGAAUUCAAGAAGAAAAUAACACUAAUUAUCGAAACAAGAUGAACUCAUAAAACCAAUCUUUACAAUAAGAAAAAUAGAAUUAUUCACACCUCUAAUUUCUAUUGGAGUAAGAGAAAAAUGAGAAACGAUUUUUGUAGCAAAACAAUGAAAAAUUAUAAUUAGAAUUAUCUAAAUUGAAAGAGAAACUUUUUGAGGCUGAUGCUUAUAUAGAAUAGUAUACAGAUUAUUAUAAUGAAAGCAUAUUUAGAAAGUUGGAAGAAGAAAAUAAUUAAUUAAAAUUUUAAUUAGAACAUUUGACAAAAGAAAACUAAUAGCUUAAUGAUGCCAUUGAAAAUUUGAAAUCCAAUUUAGAUAUAAAAACAUAAGAACUUGAAGAAUCUGAAUUUAGAAGAGUAAAAAAAUCAUCUGAAUCAAAUAUAAGAAUAGAAUAAUUGAGACAAUAAUUAAUUACUCUAUCUUCAAAAUCUAAUUUAACUACAAUAAGUCCAAGAGUCACAAAAAAAAAGAAUAUCAAAUAAAUAUCUUCAAAAGAAAUGUCAGUCAAGGCCUCAAAAAUAAGAGACCUACGUUAAAUUAAAAGCAAGAGUCUGAAUAAAUUGAAAGAUCCUUAGUUCCUGACUCAAUCUCAAUCAAUGCAAAAUAAUAACUUUUAGAAUUAAAAAUAAUAAGGAUAUGAUUCAUAAAGUAGUGGUGUCAGCCGAUUAAUAGUAAAGACUUUAGAGGAAAAUUAUCCAUCUUCGUAAAAGAAUGAUUUAUAUAAUAAUGCUGUUAUUAUUGGAGAUGAAAUAACUUUGAAUGAUUAAUAACUUGGUAGAAAGAACUAGAAAUAUGUUGAAGCUGUCUAAAGAAUACGAUUCUUAGAUGAACUAUUGACAGCCCUCAAUUUAUAAUACUAAGAUAUUGAAGAAUAAAUUCAAUAACAAACAGAUAUGACUAUUAAAAAAGAAAAAAGAUAGAAAUUACUAGAGAUAAUCGAUUAAAUUUAAGAUGUUAAUAAGGAAUUAAAUGAUCUUGUAACUAUUAAGAAACUUGCUUAACAAUAAUGA